AACUGCUCCCGCUUUGGGGUUACCUGAUCUGUCUAAAGACUUUCAGCUGUACGUGCAUGAAAGGCAGCGACUGGCACUGGGAGUCCUGACCCAACGACUGGGAAGCUAGAAAAGGCAGGUGGGUUACUUUUCCAAACAACUCGACAACGUAAGUGCCGGAUGGCCUUCAUGUCUGUGAGCAGUGGCAGCUACCGUGCUGCUGAUACAGGAAGCCAGGAAGCUCACAAUGGGAAGACACAUAGAUGUCUAUGUGCCACACAUGGUAACUACAGUCCUGGAACAAAAGGGGGGCCAUUGGCUCUCUCCAAGCCGGAUGAUGAAGUUUCAGGUAACCCUGACUGAGCAGGAUGAUGUUGCACUAAAAACAACUAACCUCUUGAAUCCAGCUCUAUUUCUAGGUGCCACAGCUGAGGAAGGUCCAUUAGAGCAUGACUGUCUAGAAGUCAUCGAGCACACUUAUUCAGCAAGAACAGAUCUGAAGGAUGUCCCCCUGGAGCAACCAGAGUGGGAACUCUUUACAGAUGGAAGCAGCUUCAUGGAGAACGGAGCCAGAUACGCGGGAUAUGCGGUAACCACAAUUGAUGUAGUAAUAGAGGCAAAAUCACUACCACCUAACACGUCUGCACAAAGGGCAGAACUAAUCGCAUUAACCAGAGCACUCGAGCUGAGUGAAGAGAAGACAGUGAAUAUUUGGACUGAUUCCAAAUAUGCCUUUGGAGUAGUGCAUGUACACGGAGCUUUAUGGAAAGAAAGAGGACUGCUGUCCUCCCAAGGGACAAAUAUUAAACAUCAAGAUGCAGUCCUACAAUUGAUAGAUGCAGUACAAAAACCUGAACAAGUAGCAAUCAUGCACUGCAAGGCACAUCAAUCAGGCAACUCCAAAAUUUGUGAAGGAAAUCGAAAAGCAGAUUGGGCAGCCCGUCAGGUAGCGCGAGAGGUGCAGAAAACAAUGGCAUUGAUACCAUCAAGACUUAAUAUCUCUCAAUUUAAUUUGCCUACGAAGCCAAACUAUACAAUCGAAGAUGACAGACUAGCACAACUGCUGAAGGCACAGAAGAACGCAGAAGGGUGGUAUGUAACCGCACAAGGGCAAAUAGUGGUACCUCCUUUGGUAAUGAGAGAAAUUUUACAGGUAAAACAUAAUGAGUGUCACUAGGGUGCAGAGGCGUUGGUAAAGUGGUUAAGACAAUACCUAAUCUCAGUACGGAUGCAAACAAUGGCCAAGUCAGUAAUGUCUAAAUGUGAAAUCUGUCUGAAAAACAAUCCCGUAGCUAGACAACAGGCACAGUUAGGCAGAAUUCGGAUAAGAAUAGAACCAGGAGACUAUUGGCAAGUGGAUUUUGCAGAACUGCCAAAAACUCGGGGAUACAAAUACCUGUUAGUAGGGGUUGACACGUUUUCUGGAUGGCCAGAAGCCCUUCCCUGUCGCACAAACCAAGCAAAGGAAACAGUUAAGUGGUUAUUACAGGAGAUCAUUCCCAGGUUUGGGGUGCCCCUAGGGAUAUCAUCAGACAGAGGCCCACACUUCAUAGCCACGGUGGUACAAGAGGUAAGCAAGUUAUUGGGAUUAUCUUGGGACCUCCACACACCAUGGAGACCCCAGUCAAGUGGGCAAGUAGAAAGAAUGAACCAGACACUGAAGAGGCAGAUCAGUAAAAUAUGCCAGGAAGCCAAACUGCAGUGGCCACAGGCUUUGCCGAUCGCAUUGCUGAGAGUUCGGAUAAAGCCUAAGAGUGAGAUGUCAGUUAGUCCUUAUGAAAUAUUGUAUGGGAAACCAUAUGAAUCUCCUAACCCCAAUCCAAAUGUUCAUGUCACAGGGAAACAAGAUGUGUAUAAUUAUGUUCUGUCCCUCGGGAAAACUCUAGCUCGGCUCCGAAGUGUUCUCGUGUGGAACAGACCACUGGCCCUGGAGAAUCCAGUCCACAAUAUCGAACCAGGAGAUGAGUAAUUUGGUUAGUUUACAGAAUCCUGAAGAGAGAGAUACAGAAAAAGGCAUCUUGGAACAGGACCAUAAUGAAGGCAUUGGCACGGAACCCAGCACCUUCAAUCCGCAACCACAUCCCGGACAAAGCCUAUGACAACAGAGGAUUUGGAGAUGAACAUCCAGUAUGAACUCUGAAGCCUAAUGGACUGUAUUAAGUGAAAGCAUUUACACUUAGUAUAUUAGAGUGAAAAUACUUUCAAAGGGGGGAAUGUUGGUGGAGGGUUAAAAAAAAAAAUGUAAUUUCUAGAUUGAGUAAUGUGCAGGGGGAGGAAAGUAGAGAACGUACAACUGGAACUUGACGCAGCUAGCUGGGAACAAGCGUCAGCUUUUGUAAACAGCUCCAUGCUAUUGUUUUAACCAAAUCAAGUGUGGAUCAGGGUAGAAGCGUAGGUAUGAUUUAAGAUAGUAACUAAGGAAUAGGAUAAUCAGUAUCUAGGGGUGGGGGUUAGUUAACAUGUGUAUAAUUUAAACUAUAAAAAUCAUGAAUCAACUCUGUAUCCUUCGGACAUCAGAUUUGGGUGUAUUAUCACCCCGGUGUCCCGCGCGCUGGAAUAAAGAACCGCAUAUGAUCGCCUCUGUGUGGUUAUAUGUUUUCCUACGCUAACACUGGGAA